AUGCAAGUCGUGUUAUCCAUUCAGGCAGUUGGUGAGCCUCCAUUAUUUCUCGGUUCGAGCGCCUUUUUCGCAAUCCGCAGUGCAAUCGAGGCGUAUCGUGCCGACAAUAAUCAACAAGGCUACUUUCGUCUGGACAGUCCAGCAACAGCAGAGCACAUCCGGAUGGCGUGCACCGACGACAUAACUCAAAUGAUCCCUGACCUUCCGGAUAUCGUGACAUAUACACCGUGGACUGUUCAACUGUGA